GGCUUUUAAGUCUUCAAUAUCUUAGCUGUGACAUCACCUCCGCAAACUACGCCAAUGGCGGCAGCCACCGCUCCUUACUGGGCUGCUCACGCGUCUAAUCCCUUGCUCACGCGAAGAGCAGCGCACACUAGAUUUCCUACAAUAUAGAUUUGUAAUUUAGAAUCCUUUUUCUACUUGGAAAUCCAAGUAACGUCAGGUUUGGAUUUCCAUGUAGAGUAAGGAAAGAUGAGUGUAUCUAUAAAUACCAUUGUAUAUUCAAUUGAGCCAUAUAUUUUCUGCCGCUGCCAUGAAUCCGAUCAUCCCUGUCUGGCGUUACAAUUUGGUUGACGAACUGAAAUGUAUAGACUCCCUUCUUCAUUUCCAUGGAGUUGUUUAUGUCGACACUGAAUUUCCAGGCUUUCUUAUCGAUACUCCAAGGCAAGCCAGUGAGUCUCUUAUCUAUUCUAAUUUGAAAUUUAAUGUGGACGCAACAACACUUAUUCAAUUGGGCCUCACCUUAUCUGACGAAAACGGCAAUAUCGCCGGUUGCUGGGAAUUCAAUUUCUCUUUUGAUGCUCAAACAGAGGUCUAUACCGAUGAUUCUUUAGAAUUUCUGAAAGACCAUGGUAUUAAUUUCGAAAAGUUGAAGAACGACGGAAUUGAUAUUCGUUUCUUUUCGGAUGCUUUUGUUCAUAUUUUAGCCAAACAUAGGAAUUUGAAGUGGAUUACUUUCCAUGGAUUGUAUGAUAUGGCUCACAUGGUUACAAUGGUUACCAAAAGCUCACUGCCUCCAUCUUCUCUUGAUUUUACUGAGUUAAUUGCAAAUGUGUUUGGUUGCUAUGUUUUUGAUAUCAAGUAUAUUGCGACAUUCUGCGAUGGUUUAUCCAAAGGCGAGUUGGGGUUAGAGAAGUUAGCAAAGAUCCUUCGAGUUAAGCGAGUUGGCGGCGCUCAUCAAGCAGGGUCUGAUAGUUUGUUAAGUGCAACAGUAUUUUCUAGGUUGAAGACAGUUUAUGGAAUUGAUGAAUCGAGACAUGUGGGGUUCUUGUAUGGCAUUGGCAACCGAAUUCGCAAAUCAGUACGUCCAAGAGUGCUUUAUCCUUCAUUACUCGUUACUGUCAGCCGAAGAUUUAUCAUCCCAUGUUGGUUGCUCCACCAUUUUUUCAUCCUUUUGUUUUGCACCCUAUUUGCUCGAAUGUGAUGUUUUCAUAAACACAAUAUGUUAUCGUUUAGUCAAUAGGUAAACUUAGUGCUUAAUGCAUAUUGGGUAAAGUGUAAACUGUAGAGUUGUCCUGUGAGUUUGAUCAUUGUGAUAAUCUUAGUAAAAUUCAGCUGUUCAGCUUUUCAUGAGAAAAUAAAGAGAAGUUUCCAAUAA